UUCCACUAAUUAUCCAGAAUGGUUACACAGAGGAUUUAUUCUACUUAUAUGGUGACUGUACGAUGUACGUAGCUCAUUGAAAUCUCAGGCUGAUCAUUGCUGAAGCUACCACAGGCUCUUGGGUUCUACUGAAUGAAAAAAAAAUCCUCAAAAAUUGAAAGACUUGUCGCUCGGAUCCAGCAUAGACACCAUGCCAGUUCUGUCAACAGCAGCAGGAUUGCAUGAAAUAUUGGCUCUUCUGACAGCACAGCUAAGACCAGAUGCCAAUCUCACAGCAGAAAUUGGUUUCCUGACAGAAGUCUUCAGCGAACAUAGUUUCAACUCACUCAUGAAGAUUCAUCAGAAGCUGCAGCAAUUUGUUAGACAAGGACCAACUCCUGCCCUACAUAGUGCAGCAGCUUUAGCCGAGGAUAUAUCAGAAGAGCUGCAGAGUGGACAGAACAGCAAUGACACGAGAGAACUAAUGCAGUUAUUGGCCAAGCCACACCUACAGGCUGUGCUGUCAGCUCAUGACACAGUAGCUCGCAAGGCCUUUGAUCCUGUGCUACCACCAAUGCCAGACGACCUCGAAGCUGAGGAGGAGGAGGAAUCUAUGAAGAUUGUCCGCCUUGUGAAAAAUAAAGAGCCAUUGGGAGCGACAAUCAGGAUGGAUGAACAAACGGGCGCCGUUGUUGUUGCACGGAUCAUGCGCGGUGGGGCUGCAGACCGCAGUGGUUUAGUUCAUGUUGGAGAUGAACUAAGAGAGGUCAAUGAAAUCCCAGUUGAGCACAAGACACCUGAAGAAAUCAGUCAGAUUCUGGCCCAGUGUCAGGGUUCAAUAACGUUAAAGCUAAUUCCAGCUGUCAAAGAAGAGGACCAGCUAAAUGAAACAAAGGUACACGUGAGAGCCUUGUUUGACUAUGACCCAAGUGAGGAUAAAGCGAUUCCCUGUAAAGAAGCAGGGUUACCUUUCAGGAAAGGGGAUGUCCUUCAGGUUGUAAGCCAGGACGACUCUGUGUGGUGGCAAGCAAAGCGUGUGGAAGACGUAAACCUGAGGGCAGGCCUGAUUCCAUCCAAAAAGUUUCAAGAGAAACGACUUGCCUACAGGCAAAAAAAAGCGAAUUUGGAACAAGAGAAAAGCAGUAAAAGAUCAUCCUAUGACCAAAGUUGUGAGAAAGAUGACUGUGAUUGUGAUGGGUAUUUGAAUGGGCUGUACAUAGCUGGUUUACGGAGAAGUUUUCGACUCAGUAGGAAAGACCGACAUGCAAAUCAAAAUGAACAGAAACAGACUGAGCAGAAAGAUGCAGAAUAUCUAACCUAUGAAGAAGUGGUUGCCUACCAACGCCGCCCCAAUGAUGUGCACAGGCUGGUGGUGCUUGUUGGUUCUAUAGGAGCUAAGGUUAAUGAGAUGAGACAAAGGAUUGUAGCAGAGAAUCCCAACCGCUAUAAUGUGGCCGUUCCUUCAACAACAAGGCAAAAGAAAGUCCAUGAGAGGCAAGGCUUGGAAUAUCAUUUUGUCAGUAAACUUUCAUUUGAAGCAGAUAUUCAGAAGAACAGAUUUGUUGAACACGGAGAAUACAAAGACAAUCUAUAUGGAAUAAAUGUAGAUUCCAUUCGUACAAUUAUGCUGAAAAAAAAGAUUUGCUUAUUGGAUGCAAAUCCAGAAACAAUUAAAAACCUCAGGACAGCAGAAUUUAAACCAUAUGUGAUACUUGUUAAACCAUUUCUUCAAGAACCAAAGGCAAACACAUCAACAGCAGAAACAUCAGGAAAUAACAAUGUUCAAGAACUAGAAGAAGACAAAUAUCAGGAAAUGGUCCAGUCAGCAGCUUAUAUUGAAGAGCAGUAUGGUCAUCUCAUCGAUAAAGUCCUGGUGAAGGGUGACCUUCAGACCGCAUGCAGUGAAUUGAAAACAAUUCUGGAGAGUAUAGAAAGGGAUACGUUCUGGGUACCAGCAAGUUGGGUCCGUUCAUAG